CCACCGAGGGGAUGUGCUGAGUGAGAGAGAUAUCUCGAGCAGGCCCACUUUCGCUAUGCUGUUCUCCAAGCCCCAAACCCAGUCUCACCUCACUCCGUCCGUCCGUCCGGCGUCGUCUUCCUCCGCCAGCGCCGCCGCUCCAUCUGCGAUUCCUCAUCGACGUCGCCGCUCUUAGCUGCUCCCGUCAUCUUGAAUAUUGUCAGUAGAUGCCAAGAUCAGAAAGCAAGAUAAUAAAGAAUCAGAAACUGAAGAAGACAAAAACAGCAUUCAUAUCCUAGAGUUGUAAAACGGAUGAGAAUCUUGUGGAUUACAUAGUGUACUCCUUGACAAGAAGUCCUCCCUCUUUCCUCACUCUGUGCCAUGGGGAAACUUCAUCUGCUAGCUCUGCUUCUUCCUGUACUUCUUGGGUUAUCUCUGUUGUACAUCUGUGAGAUACUAUGGCUGAGGCCAGAGAGGAUAAGAAAGAAACUAAGGAAGCAAGGUGUGAGGGGUCCCAGGCCUACUUUGCUCUAUGGCAACACCCAGGAGAUAAAGAGGAUCCGACAAGAGGCAUUGCCUGCGCAGAAGCAAGACACCAGCAACUACAUGUCCACCCUAUUCCCUCACUUCAUGAUCUGGAGGGAAACAUAUGGGUCGGUAUUCCUCUACUCAACAGGAGCUGUGGAGAUUCUGUAUGUUUCUGACCCUGGCAUGGUCAAGGACAUGAGCCACUGCACAUCAUCUGAGCUCGGGAAGCCUAUUUUUAUACAGAAAUCUCGCAAACCACUCUUCGGCGAAGGCAUCUUGGUGGCAAAUGGCGAUAUAUGGGCCUAUCAGAGAAAGAUCAUUGCACAAGAGUUCUUCAUGGAGAAGAUUAAGGUCAUGAUAGAACUAAUAGUGGGGGCUUCUGCCCCACUGCUAGAAGCAUGGGAUAGUAUGCUUGACGGCACGGGAGGGAGUAGAGAGAUAGAUGUGGAUGGUUAUUUGCGGAGUUUUUCGGCGGAUGUAAUCGCCAGGGCAUGUUUUGGCAGCGAUUUUGCAACAGGGGAAGAAAUAUUCUACAAGCUCAGGCAGCUUCAGAAGGCGAUUUCUCAGCAAGAUGCACUUGUUGGAUUGUCUGCAGUGUGGAAGAGUUUGCCGACCAAGGCCAAUCGAGAGAUACAAAAGCUGGAGCAAGAAGUUCGGUUACUCAUCCUCAAUGUCGCAAAGGAACACAGCCGUGGCAGCAGCAGCGAAGACGACGAUUGCAUAAAGACUAAACACAAUGGCCUUCUGCGCUCGAUUGUCAAUAGUGCUCGCCAUUGUCCGGCCAGCUACAGUGGCAGCGCCGAGGACUACAUCGUUGACAACUGCAAGAACAUCUACUUUGCUGGGCACGAGACUACAGCCGUCACCGUCACCUGGUGCCUGAUGUUGCUGGCCACACACCCGGCGUGGCAGGACCGUGCCCGUGCCGAGGCUCUAGAGGUGUGCCGUGGAGGCACAGAGCUCGACGUCGACGUCCUCCGGCGACUGAAAACAGUGAGAAAGCAUCCCGACAUGCAUCAAUCAGUCUCGAGAAGCUGGCAUAACCAUUACAUUGUCUCUCCAGAUCACCAUGGUGGUCCAGGAGACUCUCCGGCUGUACCCUCCGGGGUCAUUGAUUAUGCGCGAAGCGCUGAAGGACUUCAAGCUCGGUGGGCUCGACAUCCCACGGGGGACAGUCAUACAGACAGCCAUCGCGAUGCUGCACCUCGACAAGGAUGUUUGGGGCCAGGACGCCGGCGAGUUCCGCCCGGAUCGGUUUGCGAACGGCGCAGCCGCGGCGUGCGAGCCGUCACACAUGUACCUGCCGUUCGGGCACGGGCCCAGAGUUUGUGCCGGGCAGAACCUGGCGAUGAUGGAGCUGAAGGUGGUGCUCGUGCGCCUGCUGACCAAGUUGGCCUUCUCACUGUCGCCAGGGUACCGGCACGCGCCGUUGUUCCGGCUCACCAUUGAGCCUGGGUUCGGCAUGCCUCUUGUCGUCACGAAGCUUCCAUGAUCUCUCUCACUGCCAUCUGUAGCAAGAAGGUACCGCGCCUGAUGAAAACAGUGACGCCACCACUCCACUGUGUUUGUAAUCGGCAAAGCGUUGCUUUCGAUUCAGUAAGUUCAGAAAACACUGGCAAAGCAAAGGUAUAGUUUUUUUUUUGACUGUUGCAAGGUAUGGUUAUUGAUGACAUGGUACCCGUAUCUCCCCCAAAUGAUAUUUCUUGGACCAUGAUAAGUGUCACAUGUGUGGCACGAACACAUGACAACUCCGAACAUUUUUUAUGGCAAGUUUAGUGAAGCGAGGAUGGCAACUUUCAUUUUGAA